GCGGCGGGCGGCCGGGAGCCUCCUCCGCGGAGCCCCAGAAUGUCGGCGGACGCGGGGCGGCCGCCGCCCGCCCGCCCCUCGCCCGCCGACGGCGGCCCCGGCUCGCGCCCCCAGUCGCCGGGCGCGCCCCCCGCCGCUACCCCCGAGCCCCGGGCCGCGCCGCCCCCGAGCCUGUGGCUGGAGCUGGGGGCCGCCGGCCGGAGCGCGCCGCCCUGCCCCAGCGAGUCGAGCGGGCCGACGAGCGGCGACCUGGGCAGCAGCAGCAGCAGCGGCGGCGCGGGCAGCAGCAGGGGGCUGUCCCCCGGCUCCGACUCGGACAGCAGCGGCGUGGUGUGCGGGGGCCGCGGGGGCAUGCGCGGCGCCCGGUCCCGCUCCUGGAGCCUGGAGAGCCUGCACUCGGCCACCGCCGCCAUCCCCGAUGGAACUCUGAACACGGUCAUCUGUGCCGACGAGGUGGGGAGUGAGGAGGACUUGUAUGACAGCUCCGGCCACCACUACAGCCACCCUGGAGGGGGCGGCGAGCAGCUGGCCAUCAAUGAGCUCAUCAGCGAUGGCAGUGUGGUCUGUGCUGAAGCACUCUGGGACCAUGUCACCAUGGAUGACCAGGAACUGGGUUUCAAAGCUGGGGAUGUCAUCGAAGUAAUGGAUGCCACCAACCGAGAGUGGUGGUGGGGCCGUGUCGCCGACGGCGAGGGGUGGUUUCCAGCCAGCUUCGUGCGGCUGCGGGUGAACCAGGACGAGCCCCCCGACGAGGCCUGGCGGCCCGUGGCCCCCGAGGCCCAGGAUGGGGGGACGGAGGUCCCGGGCAGCAAGGAGCAGAUGCGGACCAACGUGAUCAGGGAGAUCCUCAGCACGGAGCGCGACUACAUCAAGCACCUGCGCGACAUCUGCGAGGGCUACAUCCGGCAGUGCCGCCGGCGCGCGGACAUGUUCAGCGAGGAGCAGCUGCGCACCAUCUUCGGCAACAUCGAGGACAUCUACCGCUGCCAGAAGGCCUUCGCGCGGGCGCUGGAGCGCAGGUUCAACCGCGAGCGGCCGCACCUCAGCGAGCUGGGCGCCUGCUUCCUGGAGCACCAAGCAGACUUCCAGAUCUACUCGGAGUACUGCAACAACCACCCCAAUGCCUGCCUGGAGCUCUCUCGGCUCACUAAGCUCAGCAACUACGUGUACUUCUUCGAGGCCUGCCGGCUGCUGCAAAAGAUGAUCGACAUCUCCCUGCAUGGCUUCCUGCUGACACCAGUGCAGAAGAUCUGCAAGUACCCGCUGCAGCUGGCUGAGCUGCUCAAGUACACGCCCCCCCAGCACAGGGAUUUCAAGGAUGUGGAAGCUGCCUUACAUGCCAUGAAAAACGUGGCCCAGCUCAUCAACGAACGGAAACGGAGACUAGAAAACAUCGACAAAAUUGCUCAGUGGCAAAGCUCCGUAGAGGACUGGGAGGGGGAGGACCUCCUGGUCCGAAGCUCCGAGCUUAUCUACGCAGGGGAGCUAACUCGUGUCACGCAGCCGCAGGCCAAGAGCCAGCAGAGGAUGUUCUUCCUGUUUGAUCACCAGCUCAUCUUCUGUAAGAAGGACCUUCUCCGCCGAGACAUGCUGUACUAUAAGGGCCGGGUGGACAUGGACGGCCUGGAGGUGGUCGACCUGGAGGAUGGGAAGGACAGAGACCUGCACGUGAGCGUCAAGAACGCCUUCCGGCUGCUCUGCAGCCCCAGCGGGGAGAGCCACCUGCUGUGUGCCAGGAAGCCUGAGCAGAAGCAGCGCUGGCUGAAGGCCUUGGCCAGGGAGCGGGAGCAGGUGCGGCUGGACAAGGAGACAGGCUUCUCCAUCACGGAGCUGCAGAGGAAGCAGGCCAUGCUGAACGCCAACAAGCAGCAGGCCACUGGGAAGCCCAAAGCCCUCGGCCGGCCCUACUACCUGACACGCCAGAGGCACCUGGCACUGCCCACCAGCCUGCCCCAGAAACAGGUCUUGGUGCUGGCAGAGCCCAAGCGGAAGCCGUCCACCUUCUGGCACAGCAUCAGCCGGCUGGCGCCCUUCCGCAAGUGAGCUGUACCGCAGCCGCCAGCACCAUGUGGACCUGCGCCUGCCACUGGGAG